AAGUGAUAUUUAUUAGUUGACAACAGGACGACACUAGGUUAAAAGUUUAAGAAGAAAGCAUAUUAAUUACAAUCAUGAAUGUCCUGGGCAGGAGUAUAAUGAACAUAACAAGAACUUGCAUAACAAGUCCUACUGGAGGUAAUGCGUCAAGUCUUACAAAAUUCUAUGGAAAUAGUUAUAUCCAAGGAAACUUACUGAAUGCCGCAAGAACAUGUGUGAAUUCAACAUUGCAAGGAUUAGAACAGAUCAGAUUAGGCAGUACGUUGUGGCAAAUGAUCAGGAGAAAUGGGCCGUACAAGAAACGCAAACCUUCGAAGAAUCCUUUUGGCGAUCAGCCGUUUAUGAAGGGUGUUAUUUUGAAAACUGUUAUUAAGAAACCGAAAAAACCUAAUUCCGCAAAUCGCAAAUGCGUCAUUGUACGAUUAACGAACGGCAGGGAAAUGACGGCGUAUGUACCUGGAAUUGGUCAUAAUUUACAAGAACACAAUAUAGUACUCUGUAGGAGUGGCCGAUUGCGAGAUGUACCUGGUGUUAAAAUAAAAUGUGUUCGCGGAAAGUACGACUUGCCGCAUGUAGCUAAACGCGAAUAGUUUAUAAUUAGCUGUAAUUAAUGUCUGUUUACGUCAGACGUAAUCUUUACCAUCAGAGAGGACAUUACCGUUAAACACUUUGAUUAAUUAUAUACAACA